CAAACGCCGGCCUAUUUCAACUCAACAUCAAGAUGGAAACGAACUGUUACUGUUUCGAUAUCCCAAAUGUUUCAGUUAUCCUCCCAGGAUGUAUAUCAUGUCUCUGCGUCUGAUAGUACUCUUCAAAUGGACCGUGGAAGAUCACCUUGCGUGGUAUAUAAACAUAACGGUUCUAUGAGCCCUUAGUAUCCGCCUUUUAUCUUAACUCUGCAAUCAUUUCUCAACUCUAGUCUCUUCCAGAGCCGCAGCCCGGUCACUAGGGCCUUUGUACAUCAUACCCAUACCCUGCUAGCCGUCGUUCUCCUCAAAUCUUAUCCCGAUGUCCUCCAACACCCAGGAGGACCCUAAAAAUCUCUGGUUCGAGCAAGCAACAUUCAUUUCAACCCACAUGUCAUCGGUUGGCUAUGGAAUACACGCCUCGGUUUAUUUCACGGUCACGUACUUCCUUCUCAAGAGGAAGAGACCUCACAAGCUAUUCUGGCUCGUUUUCAACGGAUUCCUUUUUGCCUUCGGCACCAUCAACUUGGCAUGUGGCAUCCACUACAACGAGAAUGCGUGGGUCAACAAAAGAGAGUAUCCGGGCGGCCCUUUCGCAUAUCUGUUUGAGCAGCAAGCUCUUCCGACACAAACUCUUGGGAACUCCGUUGCAAUCUUAGCGUCGUUCUUCGCUGAUGGUUUAAUGCUCCAGCGGGUCGCCAUUCUAUACGAUUGGAACUGGUGGAUUAUCGUUCCACCAGGGUUGUUUUACGUCGGAUGUGUCGUCUUGUCAAUUCUCACAGUCGUUCAGCUCGCUCUCCCCGACCAGACAAGCCAGUGGCCAUCUCUUUCCCUCCCAGUAUGGAUCAUCCUCAUGAUCCUCCCUAUGUGGCUCACCGCACUUAUCGCCGGGAGGAUAUUAUACCAACGCCAUCGACUGAUCAAGAUUAUGGGCGCGGAAGCUGCCAGUAUAUACACCGGUGUUACAGCCGUCGUCAUCGAGAGUGCUCUACCGUUCACUCUCAUCUCGAUCAUUCUUCUCGGCCUAUUCGGUGACAACAAUGUCGCACAAAACUUGUUCGUAUCGGUCAUGGUGCAGAUUGAGUGCAUCGCCCCUGAGAUGAUUAUUUUACGCGUCAUCCUCGGCCAUGCCUGGACAAGCCAAACUCUGAAGCCUGGCGGUGGCUUAGACAGGAAUAUCCGAGACGCGGACGCGGGCAGCAACUGCACCCCCAUGGCGUUCGCAGAACCCACUAUUUCGCUGGAUGAUAGUACGACCCGGAUGGAGAGGUCAAAUUGCCAGUCUGAAGCCAGCGUGGUUCAUCAGGAAGAUAAAGACAGAAACGCGGGUUGUGUUCCCAUUGAUAUCGUUUAGUUCGUCGACCGUAUACGGGGAUAAGUAAGAUCCUGACUGAAAUUGAAC